CGAACCGUGGUUCGCAAGUGCGCAGGCGCGUGCGCCCUUCCGCGCAUGAGCAGUGCUGCUCCGAGCCCUCCCGCCACGGUCUCCGGCGCCAGCUACGCCGCUGCCGCUGUCACUAUGGCCCAUUACAAAGCCGCCGACUCGAAGCGCGAGCAGUUCCGGAGGUACUUGGAGAAGUCGGGGGUGCUGGACACGCUGACCAAGGUUUUGGUAGCCUUAUAUGAAGAACCAGAGAAACCUAAUAGUGCUUUGGAUUUUUUAAAGCAUCACUUAGGAGCUGCCACCCCAGAAAAUCCAGAAAUAGAGCUGCUUCGCCUAGAAUUGGCAGAAAUGAAAGAGAAAUAUGAAGCUAUUGUAGAAGAAAAUAAAAAACUGAAAACAAAGCUUGCUCAGUAUGAACCACCUCAGGAGGAGAAGCGUGCUGAAUAGGAUUCUUCUCAGUUGAAAAGACACUGAAAAAUGGUUUUGUAUGACUUGAAUAGUUUGUAUAGUAUAUAAUCUUUUCUGAACAGAUGCUAUAGUACUCUUUUAAUGUUAAAUUCACCUAUCACACUUUAACUGUUAUAAACACAUAUACUUAGAAUCACCAAUAAAAACUCAAUAUAACUUUCUUUGGGUCUUAAAAGCAGGAGAAUCAAAAGGGAAUCCUGAAAAAACAUCUAAACACAGCCAUCUAAUUCAUUACCUUAAAAGACAUUCUGUUUAUUAGUCUGACUAGGAAUGAUGGUACUGGUUGUAUUUUAGCCAAGGAAGUUUAGCAUGGAGCUAUUCCUUGGUUUAGUUCAGGAUAUGAACACAGGUACAGUCAUUCUUUAAAAUGAAGAUGACACUGUUGUUUAUAUUCUCUGUAGGCAGCUGGAGAGAUCUGUGUGACAUAAGAUACUGUUGCAUGGGGUCUCAUGAAUCUUCUGCUCUUGUUUAUAUAAUGUGGAACAAAUGACUCUUCUUUGCCACCACUUUGCCUUAGAUAACUGUGUGUGUGCCAGUGUGAACUCUGACACCACAUUUCCUUCUAUGCAAUCAUGCCCUAUCUGAUAAUGUUGCCUUGCUUUACUGUGUGCUUCCGUGGGUCCCAGUUGCACAUUGGCCUUUCUGUGUUGUUUUUCAACUUGCUAUAAUAGCAGUUAUCCUGAUUGUAAUUUAUAUAACUUUAAAGAGAAUCACACUGUUCCCCUGCCUUACUUGUUGCUUAGCCGAACACAGAACAGAGGCAAUAUAAAAUUCUGGGUUCACGCACAAGCUGGGACAAGAAGGGGAAUGAGCCAUAUAUCGUGGAAAAUUAUAGUUUGCGGGUAUAAUUAUAUAGUGCUUUUUUCCCUCAAAGUAUUUUUCUAGCCUUGAAUUCAUUUUAUCUUCAUUAUCCCUGUGAAGUAGGUAGGCAAGUAUGAGGGGAGGUGGGGUGCUGAAUUUUUAGGCCAAAGACUGAUAUAAAUACAAAUUAUUUACUAAUUGUAGAACCUUGGGCACAUCAGUUAAUUGCUCUGAGAUUCACUUUCCUCAUCUGUUAAAUGGGAGUAAUAUCUGUGCUGCCUACCUCACAGGGUUGUUGUGAGGGUCAAAUGGAAUGUAUGUGAAAGAUUUGUAAAUGGUAAAGCACUAUAUUCUUG